AUGGAUCACUUCAUCUUACCGAGUCAACCCUCAGCACCACUAGCAUAUGCUCUUGAUCCAGAAGGCUACCUGAAUCGCCUCAACGACAGCCAGCAAUAUGCGAGAUACGACACCAUCCCUUUGCGUAACCUACCAGGUGCAGAAAAUUCCGUCCUUGUUCAAGCGACAAUCUGUGACCAGUCCACCGGAUAUGCCGAGCUGAACCAUGACCCGUCCUUUCCUCCUUCGCUGGUCCUUUACCAUCUUCCUGAGCCUCCUUCAGAUCCUCAAAUACCCGAAGAUUCUCACCCCAAAGCACUAGUAAGGGCAGAUGUCUUCUAUAUUUCUGUGCCCAGAUCCCUCUUCACGUCCCUGAUCGUUUCGAAUCAACAUGCCACCUUGACGCCAGGAGAAACGGACGAGCCAUUUGGAAUGGCUUUCUGGGAGCAUGCUGGUUUCUGCGGAAGAGGAGUCAACGGUGACAUCGCCCAACUGUUUGCAGAGCUUGAAGCAUACCGAAUUGCGGUCUUCUCUCAAGGUGUUUCUGGUAGCAGCCGCAAUCCGCGUCUCGUUGACUACGGGGUUGCACUUCAUAGUCUUCAGAGCAGUCUCCUGAAACGGUACAAACAUGAGAGCAAGUGGUUGACGUCCAAGGAUAUGUCGCCCAACCGCAUGCAGUGGUGGGGGAGAAAGAAGACGGUGGAACGGGAGGAAGCCCAAGUCGCUUCACCAAAGGCAAUUGAACGCUCCAUCUACCUCGCCCACGGCCUGUACCUCAUCAACGCGGCUUCCGAGAAGCCAUGGCUCUGCACAAGAAGGCAAUGUCUUCGUGUCAAUGGACGCCACACAGAAGUCAAACGGGACUGUGGCCUAGUGCGGUAUAUCUUUCACUGUGGGCUCGAGGUACUCUCUCUUGCCGGGGAGAACGAAGAGGCGUUCAGCCAUCUCGAUGUCAAGAACGAGAUCCAUCAAUUCAGAGGUGGCUUGGGCGGUUGGCAUCCGCGGAUUGUGGAGCUUUUUCACGAAGUGAACGACGUGUGGCGCGGUUCUAUGAUCCCUUUGAUGUUUUUCUGA